GUUAUUCGCUUUGUUUCGGUCCCUGGUCGUCUCAUGAAUAAGUCAGCUCGAAGAAUAGAAGCAAAAAAGUUUCUUCGCUCGCUCGACAGUCGUCGCCUGCAAAGCGUCUUUAGAGUCGAUGACCGGUUACUCUUGAAAGGCUUGAGCCACUCAACCCUGGUGCAUGCACGUCAUGGAUUUGGAUCACUUACUCGUCAUUGUCUCGACGUUCGCUGUUUUCCAGUGCGUACAAGCGUUACCCCGAAAUGAAAUACUCGUUAGUGACAACUGCGAUGUCCUGAUCAAAGCCGGUUUCGACGUCUUCCGAUGUACGACCUCCGCGUAUGCUGAUCGGGCGGAAUGCGUACCCCGCGGUCAUCGAUCUGGUGGGCGAAUGCGUCUUCGACGACCAGGAAGCUUCGAUCCUAUGAACCGAGUUUGUGAUUCGAAAUUAGACUGCAAAGACGGUUCUGAUGAAAUGCUCAACGAAUGUACUAAAUUGCAUAAAGAAUACUGUGUCAACGAGCUGGAGAAGGAGGUCGAUGGCGAGUUUCUUGAUUCUUUCCAUUGCUACGACGAGGGUGACGUUGAGGGGCCGGCGUCGCUCUGCGUCUCCGAGUGUCAGAUGUGCGACGGCGUCAGGGACUGCCCGAACGGCGCCGAUGAACUGGAUGCCAACUGCCAAAAGAUGAGACCAAUGCCAUUUGCGUGUGAAUUAUUCUAGAACAAGUACAAUUAAUUCAGACAUUCUUCCAAAUUUUCAUGAUUAUACAUGCAUUUCAUAUUGCAUGACUGUAUUCUGAUUUGCAUUUGAUAGACAUUUGCACAAGUCCAUGGCAACAAUGCUCAACGGCCACUCAAAGUCGAGAAUUUCGCGGGAGUUACCAUUGUUACUGUGGUGAAUUUACCAUAAAUAUAUAGUAGUCAUUGCAAUAUAGCCUAUAAUCUAGGCGGAGACUGCAGUCUUUGCUGUUAUUUUUUUUUUAAAGUACACACCAAGUUACCAAUAAUGCAUUCAGCAUUUCCAUUUAUUUGAAAGCAGGAUAAAAGAGCAUUGUAGAUUAAAUGCCUUGUUCACGGGCAUAUAGAUGCCGCGGCUGUGGAUCGAACCCCGGACUUUCCAUGUAUAGCCAGGCGCCUUAGACCACUCGGCCACGGCACCUCUACUGUUAUGCUGAACUCAAACGAUAUACUGGUAUCUGAUGUGGCAAAGACUGCGGAAUACGAGUCACAAAUUCGUAGUCAUUGCCACACGUCCCGUUGCGUUCAGCAUAACAGCAAAGCUAAUAACUGCAGCCUCCGCCUAGAUUAUAAAAGCUAUCAUUGCAACGAUGGCCUGCUUAGACUUUUUUUACACAUUAUUCUGAUUCUCUUUUUAGAUCAUGACGUCCAUUUGAGUCUAUAUUUCAUUUGUCAUGUUUGUGUAACUUCCAAAUAUGAAAGGGAUAUCAAGAGGACGUGAGCCCCCGUUGUCACUUUCAGGGUUUUCAAAAGUGGAAAUUCCAGGAAGAAGGAAACGACCAACAGGGGUAAAUAAUAACAAAUUCAAUUUGUCGAAAAACAGAAGAAGUCAUACUCAUACAAGCGAUUUCAAAACCACCCCUCCUUUAGUUAAUGUUUAAAGGGAUACAAUUUUACUGUGAUUGCCCGAUGGCACCUAUUAACCAAUGCAUGGUUACGCGUUACACUAUCAUCAUUCUGUGAUCAUUGGGAAAUAAACAUAGUAAAUAAAAAUA